AUGUCUCAGGUAGAGGACGACUUCGAGCUUCCAGAAUCGUCACAGUCACUAGCGGUGGCGACGUCCGAGAGUGCUCGUCAGAAGCGGAAAAUUGCUGCUUUAGAAGAAAAGCUACAGGUACUGGAGUCGGGGCAUGCGGCCAAACAAAGAGAGACGAACUACUACAUGUCGCAAGGAAGAGCUCUCAGACGUAUCGUUACAUUAUUCGAUAACAUCGAAGACCUAAUACGCGAGAAUGAUAGGAGGUGCGAUUUGGACGGCGAGGAUGAAAAUAUGACUGUCGAUCAGGAUCGUUUGCAAACUGGGUACAUCGCCCUUAACCACGCCCUCCCGUGGUUUCACUCGAAAGCUUCAGAAUUGGACAUGGAGAAUGUUGAAUUCUCGUAUAUGCUAAAAAAGCUUAGGCAGGGGGCCGAUAGUGCUCGAGGGGAUGACACCUCGAAGCUCAAAAGCCUUGUCGCCGAUUGGAUCAAUCGCGAAUUGAAGCCUGAUCCUCUGGUCGACCCUGAUGAUAAACACUGUCGUGGAUUUGUCAACGACGCAUGCGGCAGACUACUCUGCCCGACUGAGCUAGACUGGAAUAGCCCAAUCGUCAGAGCAGGAAUCAGGGAUCGCACAGACGACUAUGUCGUGACGGAAAUGUCCUGGCCAGCAUUCCUGUAUGAAAAAUACACAGCGAAUCAGGACAAUCUGGAGGAGGGCCUCUUCAAAAGCACUCUUUUGCUUCAGGCCUUCAAAGCUAUAUUCACGUCACCCUCCUCCGCCAGGGAUGUUGCUGGUGAUGGCGACGCUGCUAAUAUAAUCGAAACCAACCGACGCGCUAAGAAGGAUGUCCAUUCUAGCAUGAAAGUCAAGACACACUUGCGGUUUGCACUGUCUUCUGUGACCUCAUGGCGCCCGAUUGACGGCGACUUCGACUACAAACUAUUUUGGCAAAACAUUGUAGACUUCUUCGAAAUUCCCCCUGGUCGACUAGCGCAGCAAAAGGUCAAGCGGCUCCUGGCAUGGUGGACGAGGAAAGUCUUCGGAACAAGUCGACGUGCGGAACUCAGCGAUGGCGCAAAGGCGAGGAUGUCCGUUAACGCUCUCGCAACACAAAGAGCACAACUGGAUGAUGCCCUUUUCGAUUCAGAGUAG